AAGUGAUAGGCUGAGAGGUGUUGUGACACUGCACAGGGAUAGAGAUAUAUAAACCAAAGAAACUUCGGAGCUGUGAGGAGUAGUAAACUGGAAGUCUCGGAUCACCAAAUGGACUGUGUCCUCUUGAGCUCUCACUUGGCAUCUCACAAUUUUGUUAACACAAGGUUUCAGCAAGGCUUUAGUGGUCUCAACAGUAUAGGAUUUGCAGUCAUCAGAAAGGGAUGCUUAAAAUUAAGGUGCUAUGCUCUUGGUGAUGAACUUGGUGGUUCAGGGCAAGUAAAUCAACCAUUUAACAAAAGCAAUAAUGGACCUAUUUUCCAAGGACUCAAUGCAUCAGGCACUUCUUUUCGAACUUUUGGUGCGGAAAUCACUCAGGAAACAGGAGAUUUCUUCGUGAGUGAUGCAGAGGGUGACCCGGACAAACCUACCGAUGGUUUCUCUUCAAUAGACCAGGCGAUAAAUGCUUUGCGUGAAGGAAAGUUUGUCAUUGCUGUAGAUGAUGAAAACGGUGAUAACGAAGGGGAUCUUGUCAUGGCAGCCACUCUAGUGAACCCGGAGUCAAUUGCAUUCAUGAUCAGGAAUGGUUCUGGAAUUAUCUCAGUAGGCAUGAAAGAAGAGGAUUUAACAAGAUUGAUGAUUCCUAUGAUGUCCCCAAUCACAGAGAUCGAAGACAUUUCAACUGCUGCUUCCACAGUAACAGUGGAUGCAAGAGCGGGUAUAUCUACUGGUGUCUCCGCUGCAGAUAGAGCAAAAACCAUCUUUACUUUAGCCUCCCCUGAUUCGAAACCCAGUGAUCUCAGACGACCAGGCCAUAUAUUCCCCCUCAAGUACCGAAAUGGAGGCGUGCUGAAAAGAGCUGGGCAUACAGAAGCAUCAGUUGAUCUUGUCGCAUUGGCGGGUUUGCGUCCUGUAUCUGUCCUAUCCACGGUCAUGGACCCAAACGAUGGUUCGAUGGCAGGCAUGACAGUCCUGCAACAGAUGGCUAUGGAACACGAUAUACCGAUCGUUUCAAUCACUGAUCUCAUCCGGUAUAGAAGAAAGCGAGAGAAACUGGUGGAGCUGAUUGCGGUGUCUCGCUUGCCAACGAAAUGGGGCCUCUUCCGGGCUUAUUGCUACCAAUCCAAGCUCGAAGGAACUGAGCACAUUGCUGUUGUGAAGGUGGUCUCAGCGUUCUGCAACUUCUCAUGCUCGCAGGGCGAUAUCAGCAACGGCGAAGACGUCCUCGUGAGGGUGCACUCGGAAUGCCUGACGGGCGACAUCCUCGGCUCUGCCCGCUGCGACUGCGGCAACCAGCUGGACCUGGCGCUGGAGCUCAUCGAAAAGGCCGGCCGUGGCGUGCUCGUGUACCUCCGCGGCCACGAGGGCCGCGGCAUCGGCCUGGGCCAGAAGCUCCGGGCCUACAACCUGCAGGACGAGGGCCACGACACCGUCGAGGCGAACGUCGAGCUCGGCCUCGCCGUCGACGCGCGCGAGUACGGCAUCGGCGCCCAGAUACUCCGUGACAUCGGCGUGCGCACGAUGCGGCUGAUGACCAACAACCCGGCCAAGUUCAUCGGGCUCAAGGGCUACGGCCUCGCCGUGGUGGGGAGGGUGCCGGUGAUCUCCCCGAUCACCAAGGAGAACCAGAAGUACCUCGAGACGAAGCGGACCAAGAUGGGGCACGUCUACGGCUCCGACCUCCCUGGCAGCCUGCCGGGGCUCGCCAAUCCGCAAGACACCGCCGCUGACAAAGCAGACGAUACCCAAAACUGAUACCAAUACACAAUUACAAUAACAAAUUCUCGUUUCUUUUUGGUGGUUCGUUCCGAACCAUGAUUGGGAUUGAGAACGAGAUUUUUACUUUUGAAAGAGAAGAACUGUGCUCAUAUUGAAAGCAAUAAAUUGAGAACGAGAAUUGCAGAGUAUUAUCGAAAAUAUCAAUUGCGAGCU